GCUCGGGCGGGGAGGCGGGGAGCGGGCGGGCCCAGCGACGCAGGCAGGCCCCAUUUAAAGCCGCCGUCUGGCUUUUCCGAUAGAUCUAUCUCGGGCUGCAGAAGGCGGCCGUCUUGGCUGGAGAGGAACCCGCCCGCAUCCUCCCGAGAAGGCGGACUUGCAAGCGAGAAUUAGCAAGGAUGAGCCCAGCCCAAGAGAAUACCUCCUGCAGCAAGGAGCCCCUUGUCAAGUGCCUUCAGGCCAAGAAAGAUCUGGAGACGGCGAUCACUGGCAUAGUCAAGGCAGAGCAACAAGUUAAAGACAACUGGAAAGAGGUCAAAGCCCAGAUCCACAGCUGCAUCAGCCGCCACCUGGAAUGCCUGCGCAGCCGCGAAGUGUGGCUCCUUGAGCAGGUGGACCUCAUCCAGCAGCUGAAGGAGGAGGCCUUGCAGCAGCAGGCGCAGCAGCUCUUCUGGUUGCUGGGACAAUUCAACUGCCUCAUCCACCAGCUGGAACAGCCGCACAGCAACGACCUGGCCAAUCAGAUUUCAGUGUGCUUGGAGAGAUUGGGCGACUUAACACUCCAACCAGAAGAACCGUCCGUCCUGAACUUUGAGGCCGACGUGUCCUUUCUUCGCCAGGCCAUCACAUCUUUUGGCUCAAUUAAAACAAUGCAGCAGAAGCCGGUGCCUGUUACACUGGGGUGCCCUCUCUCCGACUGGCUUCUUGGAAGCAAACCCGAGAGUGCCUGUCUUACUCCGUAUGUUCCCAGCAGCGACUCCAAGGACUGGCUUUUGAAACCACAGGGCCCAGAGCCCAGCCAGGAUUCCAAAGCUUCCAACACUCGUUACUUGGAGCAGGCGUGGGGAAAUCUAAAAGACCUGGAGAAUUGGCUCCUGCAGAACCAACGAAGAGAUGUGCCCGAGAGAAGAGAUUCCCGUCAGCGCAACAGUUCCACCUCCACCGUCAGCUCUUCCUUUUCCAUCGAAAAGAUAGACGAGUUGGAGUUCCUGGAGCCAGAAGAGAUGGAUCUCUCCGACUGGCUGCUCACUCCUUCCGAAUCGGAAACCGCAAACAGGGCCUCGGAGGAGAAAUGGAAGCACGCGUUCAAGCCUUUCGGGGAAGAGUACAAGACCAGCGAUUGGCUCCUCGGAGCCAACUCCUGCAAUAACUGCUGCGGCAACCAAGCCAAAGGCGUCGAGAUAGAAAACCUUGGGAAUCUUAAGUGCCUCACUGACCACCUAGAGGUGAAGAAGCCGUCCGCCGGCAGUGCCUGGCUCUUGCCGCCCUCCUUCAGGGUACAAGACGCAUGCCGAGCGAAUGAGCCGUGCUCUAGCUUUUCGGAGUGCGUGUGUGACGAAAACUGCGAGAAGGAAGCUCUGUGGAGGUGGCUCUUUAGGAAAGAAGGCAAAGAUAAAAACGGCGUGCCGGUAGAACAGACCUCCAGCCCGACGGCCGAGACUGAAAAAAAGAAAACCGCUUACAACAACUGGCUGCACCCUUCCCGGCAACUGACAGAAGAAGAGCUGGCCGCUCCCACAGUGAACCGAGACAACUCGGAGAAGCUCGUAGAACCAUGGAAAGAGAUCCUCGGAACACCGUUGUCCACUUGGCUGCUCAACCCCGAGGUCAAAACAUCGAGCGCAGAAGAGAAAGCGAGCCGGGAGAAAGCCGAAGUGAGUGGCAAGAACUCACUGCUGGAGCUUCUGGCGCCUUUCCACCUCCCUCUGAAUGUAAACAGUUGGGUGUUGUCCGCGCGGAGCACAGAAGCCCCCGGCCAGCCUCCAGAGGAAGAUAAAUGGCUGCUACGGAAGAAGGCACAACACGAUUACAGCCUUCCGGCAGUUUGUGAUCUGUUUGCCUGCAUGAAGCUGAAUGGAGAUCGAGAAAAAUGGCUAUAUCAGACUCCUUUACAGAUGUGAGAAGCCCGAAGAAGCAUUCCAAACUAGUCACUUUCUGCUGAUCAGCGCACAUUUGAUACCGAGUGAUCGAAGCCUGCUGCAUCUGUGUGUCUUGAGUGGUCUGCCCCUCCCGAACUUUAAACACCCACUUUAAAAGUUGUGUUGACUUGUAACCUACAAGUGCAAGACAAGGGUUCUCCCCCCCCCCCCCCCCCGCUUUUUUUGGCCCCGGGAGUCAGUUCCUAUCACACCCAAGCAACACUGUCCUUCUAUGCAUCUCAUGGGGUUUAAUGAUGUGAAUAUCCUUCCAUGGGCUUGUCACUUGGAUCCUCUUGCAGUUGUGGAAGUCGGUGCUUUUGAGAGCUCUUCCUGAUAAUUUGGACGACGCCUCUGGAACAAUGACCUUUGUUUCCUGCCCCAGGGGGUUGGGGGAGAGCCAUGUAUGAUUUAAUCCUUAAGUCACCUCCAACUCUGCUCUUUCCUCCCCUGGGUCUCUGUUCUCAUAGCUGGUUGGGGUUUGAGAAAAGAGUGGCUCUCAUCGACGCUUUCCCGUUGUUGUAAAUCACUGGUAUGUCUAAGAUCGAUCUUUAAAUAAGAUCGCUGCAUCUUACCUGAGAUUUAGAUUUCCCAGGUUGGGUAUACUGAUCAGUUGGAACAUUCUAAGACUCUUGGCCGAGCCAGGGAAAAACGAAGAGCCUUGAGCCAUUUGACAAACGAUACAUGAAGGACCUCCUAGCAAGCUUUGGUGCCAUUACAUCAGAUGCUGAUGAAUUCUUUGUUUAGUAUAUAAACUCAGUGUGGGAAGAUUUUUUUUUCUUAAAUUGAUCGUGAAGUAGAUGAAAGCUGUCUAGUAUAUAUCAGUUCUAUAGUGCACAUAAAGUUCAAGUGCAAAGUGUUAACUUUGCUAUUCAGUAAAAAGUUGUAUAAAUUUAAGCACUUCUCGGAUGAAUUAGAGUUUGGACACGUUUAGAAGAAGUGACUGCCAAGUUUUCAGGGCCUGGAAAGGAUGCCCUGUUUUUAGCACUGAAUCUCAAUACCACUUGCCUAGUCUUACUGGGUGGAUAAUAAACCUGGUUAAAUGGGCACGGAUUUAAUGUUCCUGUCCAGCAGAAGUGCUUCUUGACCUGAAUGGCUAAAAGUUACACAAGAUCUAUUCAGCAUCAGACGUUUUUAAAGGAUGUAUAUGGUUUUAAAAAAUGGAUAGUCUUACUAAAUGGCGCAGAUCUUGAAUACAGCGUACUACUCAGAUAUUAUAAAAUCAGAUAAACUGAAAUGCACCCUUAUUCUAAAGUUAAUGGUAUGUGAACUGAAUCUUAUGAGCCCUAACAUCUUUCUUCACCCUCACCCUAAGAUUUGUUACCACUAAGCCUUUUUUUUCAUUAAACCAUU